AUGACGGCUCUGGGCGCCGCGGGAGCCACUCGGGUCUUGGUCGUCCUGGUAGCGGCGGCUCUCAGCAGCCACCCACUGCUCGGAGUCAGAGCCACCUUGAACUCGGUUCUGGUCAACUCCAACGCCAUCAAGAAUCUGCCCCCGCCACUGAGCGGCGCUGCCGGGCACCCGGGCUCCGCCGUCAGCGCGGCGCCGGGGAUCCUGUACGAGGGCGCAAACAAGUACCUGACCCUUGACAACUACCAGCCGUACCCGUGCGCAGAGGACGAGGAGUGCGGCACCGAGGAGUACUGCGCCAGUCCCAGCCGUGGAGGCGGCGCCGGCGUGCAAAUCUGUCUCGCCUGCCGGAAGCGCCGCAAACGCUGCAUGCGCCACGCGAUGUGCUGCCCCGGGAAUUACUGCAAGAACGGAAUAUGCAUGCCUACUGACCAUCAUCAUUUUCAACGAGGGGAAAUUGAGGAAACUGUCAUUGAAAGUUUUGGUAAUGAUCACAGCACCUUGGAUGGGUACCCCCGAAGGACCACACUGUCCUCAAAAAUGUAUCACGCAAAAGGGCAGGAAGGUUCUGUCUGUCUCCGCUCUUCAGACUGCGCCACAGGCUUGUGUUGCGCCAGGCACUUCUGGUCCAAGAUCUGUAAGCCGGUCCUCAAAGAAGGCCAGGUGUGCACGAAGCACAGGCGGAAAGGCUCGCAUGGGCUCGAGAUAUUCCAGCGCUGUUACUGCGGAGAAGGACUGUCCUGCCGGAUGCAGAGCGAUCACCAUCAAGCCAGUAAUUCUUCGCGGCUUCACACCUGUCAGAGACACUAAAGCAGCUGUGGCCAUGCUGGGGACUUUUUUUUUAAUAUAUAUAAUAUAUACUAUGAAAACCUUCUAUGACGUUUGUCAGCUCAAUCCUAAGGAUAUACAGAUUCUGUGAUUACCGUUGAGCAUUCCAAUAAUACCUUCUGAAAAUCUGGAGUGUAGGAGCUUUGUUUCUUUACGGAACUCCCCUGUGAUUGCAGUAAAUUACUGUGUUGUAAAUUCUGCAUGUGGCACUUACCUGUAAAUGAAAGGAAACUUAAUUAUUUUUCUAAAGGUGCUACAUUGUCAGUUGUUCCUCUUCUUGUGUAAAUUUUUUGUAACAUUGUUAUCUUGACUCUGAUAAAUAUUCUAUAUUGAAUUGAAAUAAAUAAUUUCAGUUUGUAGUUCCACUUCCUGAAUGUACAACCCUUUUGCCUU